CCCCAUGGCAUUGCUUUGCCUUACUAAGCUGUGCUUGGUCCCCUCUCACGCAAGAGAUGUUUGCUAGCACCAUUUCCCAGUGAAAUUUAAUAAAGUCCAGGGGGUCUCUCUCGGGGGCUGCCAGAAGCAAGCGUGCUGACCUCAGUGUGGGACUGGUGCCACCCGUGACAGCAGCGCCCUGCCACCAUCCCCAGGCCAGUGGAUGUCCGGGGCUGGAACCCUGCUUCCCUGCCAGGAUGCUUGCUGGCAGCUGCCUCUGGCCUCACCUCCAGUUCCUCUGGGGCUGGGUUAUUUUUUGAAGCACUCCAAGGACACGGGUUGUUGUUGCCGAUAAGCAACAAGGGGCAGCUCCGCCCCAGCAGGAACAGCUCAUCGGCUGACUUCCCAUCCGCCCCAGGAAACGUCCCAUCUCAGUGAGCAGCGUGCCUGCAAACCUGCCGCAGGCUCGGUGGCAGUCUCCACGAUGCCACACUCGUGCAGGCUGCUGGUCUACGCGCUGCUGGGGCUGGGGUCCCUGCUGGUGGGGGGGCUGCCCCUGCCCUGCCCCCCCACCUGCCAGUGUUAUGACACCUCCAAAGUCUUCUGCUCGGAGGAGAGGAUGCGGGAGAUCCCGGCGGGCCUGCCAGGGAACGCCACCCAGAUCUUCUUCGUGGAGACAGCCCUGAGCAGCAUCCGCAGAGGGGCCCUGGGCUCCAGCACCACCCUCACCAAGCUGGUCUUCCUCAACAACAACAUCCAGGAGCUGGAGGCCAGCGCCUUUCAGGGGCUGCCCAGCCUCACGGAGCUGGAGGUGUCGGGCAACCCCUUGCCGGCAAUCAGCCGGGAGGUGCUGGUGGGGCUGCCCAGCCUCAGCAAGCUCUCCCUGGGCGCCAACGCCAUCCGCUCCCUGCAGCCGGGGCUCUUCGCCACUGCUUGUCGCCUGCAGGACCUGCGCUUGCCAGGGAACAAGAUUGAGGUUCUGCCCACCGACAUCUUCCGCCCGCUCCGACGCCUCCAGACCCUGGACCUCUCGCAGAACGCCCUGGCCGAGCUGCCGGCUGGGCUGCUGACGCCACUCGUCACCCUCCGCCUCCUCAAGCUCAGCGACAACCUGCUGACACGGGUGCCCUCCGGCGCUUUCAGGGCACUGGGCCGGCUGGCCGAGCUCCACCUGGAUGGUAACUGGCUGGAGGAGCUGCCGGCCAGCGCCUUUGCUGGGCUGGGGGGGCUGCGGCGGCUGCAGCUGCAGCACAACCACCUCGGCAGCCUGGCCCCUGACAUCUUUGCCGGUCUCCCCAACCUCACCGUCCUCAGCCUGGAGGCCAACCGCCUGGCCACCCUGCCUGCCGCCCUCUUCACCGGCACCCCUCAUCUCCUCCACCUCUCGCUGGCUCGCAACCAGCUGGAGACGCUGCCCCAGGGGCUCUUCACCAACCUGUCGGCGCUGCAGACCCUGAUGCUCUCGCACAACGCCAUGAUCCAUCUCCCCGACGGGGUUUUCCAGGGCCUGGCAGGGCUGACAGCGCUGCAGCUGAGCCACAACAACCUCUCCAGCCUGCCGGCUGGGCUGCUGGCUGGGCUGCCCCUCCUCACCGCCCUGGCGCUGGACCACAACCGCCUGGCCCACUUGCCCCCGGGGCUCUUCGAUGCCAACGAGGAGCUGGCACACGUGGGGCUGGCCGACAACCCCUGGGCCUGCGACUGCCACCUCGCCUAUCUCCUGGGCUGGCUCCAGGGCUUCGCCGAGCCCCUCACCCACGCGCAAGCCUCCUGCGCCCACCCGGCCGCUCUCCAGGGACGGUUCCUGCUGGAGGUCUCCCAGGGGCAGCUGGAGUGCCCAGGAGCGCCUGGCAUCCCCCAGGAGGAGGGCUGGGACAAGGAGCGGGGGGAGGAUGCUCUGGGGCAGUGCACCUACAGCAACCCUGAGGGCACCAUAAGCAUGGCCUGUGAUGCCACGAGCUGCCAGCAGCUCAGCCUUCGCCUCCCUCCUCCUCCUCCUCCUGGGCAGGUGGCAGGGACGGGGCUGGUGUACCAGGGUGCCUGGGUGCUGCGCUCCCGCUGUGGCACGCUGCAGGUCAGCGUCCUUGUCAGGGCACAGAGCGGGGACGAGGCCAUGUCACCAGGUCUCCCUGCUGAGCCCUAGAGCUCAGGCAGGCGCCAGCUUCUGCCUGCUCUUGCAUUGGCAACCUCUGAACCAGCCUGGGAAACAGCAUGCCAUCUCGCUCCGCUACCCCGGUGUGGUCACCAGCCAACACCGAGCUCUCUGCAAAAGCCGGCCUAGUGGUGUUUAUUGUCCCAGCUAUGCGUUUGCCCUGUAUUUCAAAUAUUAAUAAAAUGUAUAUAUGAUUUCUGUGCAGCCAGUUCCCAUGGUGGAGAGUAGAAACACUCUGUUCUCCAGCCUCUGUCCAUGUAUCUGGGAGAAGCGGUGAAGGUUGCUGUGGUCCGCUGGGGACUUGGCCGGGGCUGUGCGUGGUGUGGCAUGGGUGCAGGCGCCUGGCAGUGAGUAGGUGCCACUCUCCGGCGUGCUUAUCUCUGCCCGCUGCAGCCUGGCACUAACCCCCGGGGCACGGGUUUGGGGUGGGGUGUCCAAGGGAGACAUGGGCGAGUGCUGCCGACUGCCCAGCGAGGGGCACGGGCUGCCUGGCUGCAGGGUGGGCUCCGGCCCAGGGCUGUGCACCGGCAGGUCCCCCACCCACCCUGGCAGGGCUUGGCCUGCAGCCCCCCCCGCAGUCAGCCCCACGGAGGCUCCGUGGAGACGGGGCGCAAAGUCCCAGCGGCGCUGCCCACCCAGGGGAUGGCAGGUAAGGUGGGUGCUCCCCUAAGAGAGCAAGCGUGUGUGCACGCACGCGUGGGUGCGUGGUGUUC